AUGGCUGACGAAGAUUUUAAUCAAGACUUGACAUUUGAUGGAGAAAUGAAUGAAAAGAAAAAUCGAAAAUUAAAAAAGAAAAGCAAAUCUGGUGGAUUUCAAUCAUUUGGAUUAUCGGCACCUAUAUUCAAAGCUAUUAUGAAACGUGGCUAUAAAGUUCCAACACCAAUUCAACGUAAAGCAAUUCCGGUGAUAUUGAAAAAUAAAGAUGUUGUAGCAAUGGCACGUACUGGUAGUGGAAAAACUGCUGCUUUUCUUAUUCCGAUGUUUGAAAAAUUAAAAGGACAUGAUCCAAAUUCUGGUCCACGCGCACUUAUUCUAUCACCAACUCGUGAAUUAGCUUUACAAACACUUAAAUUUACACAACAAAUUGGAAAUUUAACUGAUCUUAUUCCAACAGCUAUUCUUGGUGGUGAACGAAUCGAAGAACAAUUCAGUAAUUUACAUGCUCAUCCUGAUAUAAUUAUCGCAACACCUGGUCGUUUUAUGCAUAUAUGUAUUGAAAUGGAUCUUAAAUUACACGAUGUUAAAUAUGUUGUAUUUGAUGAAGCAGAUCGUUUAUUUGAAAUGGGUUUUCAAGAACAAUUAAAUGAUAUAAUAAAACGUUUACCAUCACAACGUCAAACAUUGUUAUUUUCAGCAACAUUAUCAAAAAUUCUUGCUGAAUUUGCUAAAGCAGGUCUUUAUGAACCGGAAUUAAUUCGUCUUGAUAUUGAAAUGAAAUUAAAUGAACAUUUAAAACUAAUUUUUUUUCAUGUACGUCAUGAUGAUAAAACAUCAUUACUUUUACAUCUUCUUCGUACAGUAAUACCAUCCGAUCAACAAAUUGUUUUAUUCGUUGGUACACGUCAUCAUUGUGAAUAUUUAAAAGAAUUACUUGAACAACAACAACAACAAAAUUUAUUUUCAGCAGUUACGAUUUAUUCUACACUUGAUCAUUCAACAAGAAAAAUUAAUCUUUCAAGAUAUCAAACUGGUAAAGCGCGAGUUUUAAUUGUUACUGAUAUUGCUGCUAGAGGAUUGGAUAUUCCAUCACUUGAUAAUGUUAUUAAUUAUCAUUUUCCAUCUACACCUAAAAUAUUUCUUCAUCGUGUUGGUCGUGUUGCACGUGCUGGACGUACGGGUACAGCUUAUUCAUUAAUAUCAACAGAUGAAAUAUCAUAUUUAUUUGAUGUACAAGAAUUUAUUGGUAAAACAAUAAAAUUUACUACAAAAGAUGAUGAAGAUAAUGAUGAUGAUUUUCAUUUAUUAUUUGGAAAUGUUCCACAAACAAUAAUUGAUGAAGAAUCCGAAACAAUUAGAAAAUUAACUGAAAUAAAUGUUGAUUUAGUUAAUUUAUAUCAAGUACAACAAAAUGCAUACCAACAUUAUAUUCGAUCACGACCAGCAUCAACAUAUGCAUCUGUUAAACAAAUGAAACAAUAUCACAAAGAAAUUUCUAAUAUGCCUAUGCAUCCAAUAUUUCGACAGAAUUAUACUGUUGAAGAAUUAACACCAAAUCCACUUAUACAACAAUUAAAAUCAUUUCGAGCAAAAAAUACAAUCUUCGAAGUAAAUCCAUCGGCAGGUAAUACUGCAUGUCAAAUUAUGAAACGAAAACGUGCUCAUGAUGAAAGACUUAUUUUCAAACAUGAUCAAAAAGAACAAUCAUUACAAAAUAAUCAUUCUGAUAGUGAUGAUGAUGACCACAAAAAAACACUUGAAGUAGAUAAUUUGACAAUCACUAUUAAAGGAGCAAAUGAUAUGAAUUAUGAUGAUAUGGAAUCACCAAAAAAGAAGAAGAAGAAAAAUCGACGAGAAGUUGAUAAAGAAUUUUUUAUUCCAUAUCAACCACCUGAUUUCAAACGAGAACAAGGGUUAGAAAUUCAAUCCUUUGAACGUCAAACAACUGAAGCAGUUAUGGAUUUAGCAAAUGAUGAUGGAACUCAUCGCAAAGGUCCAAUGAUACAAAAAACCAAAUGGGAUCGAAAGAAGAAGAAAUUCGUAACUGUUGGUCAAACUGAUGCAAAAACAAAAAAAGUUAAGACUGAAAGUGGACAAUGGAUUCAAGCAUCGUAUAAAACAGAUGUUUAUAAAAAAUGGCUCAAUAAAUCAAAAGUUUUGGAUAAAGAAUUACCGGAUAGUCGUCGAACUAAAACUGAAGAUUAUGUAAAUGAUGAUGAAGCAUCCAGUGCACAAAAGAAACCACGACAAUUUCAACAACGUGUAACACAAUUAAUGAAUCGACAAAAGACGCAAUUAAAAUCUAAAGGCCAAAAAAUGCCAAGUCAUUCAGAAUUGAAAAAACCUGAACAAAUUAUGAAGAAACGUACUGAAACACGUAAAAAACAAUCAUUACAAAAAGCACGUCAAAUGCGUAAAGGUGGUCGAACGAAUUACAAAAAUCAGCGACAAAGUAGUAAAUCUAAACAUACGAAACGUGCACCUACAAAUACUAAACAUGCACCUACGAAUAAUAAACGUGCGCCUGCAGGUGCAAAUCAAUCAUCAAAAAGAACUAGAAAAAGAUAA